UCACGUCGCCCGUCGCCCCGCCGGCCCCGGUCGCCCGGUGUGCCCCACCGUUCACGAUACUCGCUAUGCAUUGGCGAACGCGUCGGAACUCGGGACAAAGGACGCUUUCGUAUACGCGAGCGAAGGGACGCCAUGUUCAUUUGUCAACGGACAUUUGUCAAGGUGUUCCCGUGCGGAAGGAGCGAGCGGGCCGCUUGCCGUCCGCCGCCGGAUAGAAGCGGAUAGAAACCAGGCUCCAGGGGGCACCGACUCACCGAGGCCGGUCCGAGGAGCGGAGAAGUCCUCUCGUCCCAAUCGUCCCGUCUCGUCUCGUCCCGUGAUGGAGAGCGACGACGCCGCUUCCGCCGAGUCGCGGAAGCGCAAACGCGAGGAAUACGAGAUGCAGCUGUUCGGCUUCCAUUCCCGAGCCGUAUACGCGACUCUCAAGAAUAUUGUGAUGGAAAGAAUACAGUCUAGGAGCAAAAAGUUAUGUGAGACGUUGGAAAAAAUAUAUAAACCAGAUUCAGAAAACUUGGCCGUGCUAAAGGCAAACGAGGAAAGACUUGUAAAAGCGUAUUAUGCAGCCUCGGUGCCUUAUUUGAAAAAUAUAGAGAAUAUUGUGAACAAAUUCAUCGCUGUACCCGACAAUGUUCUGGCGAAUGAGGAUAAACUUCAAGGAGUGCAAUACACGGAAGCAGAGUUUGAGUGCAUGCGCGGGAAACUGGAGGAAUUUCAGCAGAGAGCAAAACGAGCGACUAUAUUGAACGCGGCAUUGAAGGAGGAAUUACAGCUCAUAGAACAAUCUUCGAUCUGUGCGGACAAUAUCGAUAGGCUGAGUCACAUAAUUGAGAGCGGGAUUGCGUGUCCGGAUAUCAGUGACAAAAUUCAUCAAUUAGUCGAGGAUUACAAACGGUUCAGCGCGUUAUUCGAGGACGGGGCACCUGUGUCGCAAAAUUCGCUCUACAAUAGGAUCGAUGAUCUCAACUGUACAGACUGCGAUAUGGAUACCUUAUAAUUGUAACAGAGAAG